CCUCCGCGCGCCGCUCCUGCCCUGGCCGCGCAGCCCGGCUCUGGAGUUGGGGAAAGCCCAGGCUCCGCCGCUGGAGGAGGCGCGCAGGAAUUGACUAAUUCGGGCCGGGGGCGCGGUGGGUGAUGGAGCAGCCCGAGGACAUGGCGUCGCUGAGCGAGUUCGACUCCUUGGCGGGCAGCAUCCCCGCCACCAAGGUGGAGAUCACCGUGUCCUGCAGGAACCUCUUGGACAAAGACAUGUUUUCCAAGUCUGACCCACUGUGUGUCAUGUAUACUCAAGGGAUGGAGAACAAGCAGUGGCGGGAGUUUGGGCGCACGGAGGUCAUCGACAACACGCUGAACCCCGACUUCGUGCGCAAGUUCAUCGUGGAUUACUUCUUCGAGGAGAAGCAAAACCUCCGCUUCGACCUGUAUGAUGUUGACUCCAAGAGCCCUGAUUUGUCCAAACACGAUUUCCUGGGCCAGGCCUUCUGCACCCUUGGAGAGAUUGUAGGGUCCUCUGGGAGCCGCCUGGAGAAGCCCCUCACCAUAGGAGCGUUCAGCCUCAACUCCAGGACGGGCAAGCCCAUGCCAGCUGUGUCCAAUGGAAGUGGUCUUUGGAUGGAAAGUUUGAGAACCACUGGUCCGGAAGCGUCUGGCGGUGUCCCAGGGAAGAAAUGUGGCACCAUCAUCCUGGCUGCCGAGGAGCUCAGCAACUGUCGGGACGUGGCCACCAUGCAGUUCUGUGCCAACAAGCUGGACAAGAAGGACUUUUUCGGGAAGUCUGACCCCUUCUUGGUGUUCUACCGAAGCAACGAGGACGGAACAUUCACCAUUUGCCACAAGACCGAGGUCAUGAAGAACACCCUGAACCCCGUGUGGCAGACAUUCUCCAUCCCCGUCAGAGCCCUCUGCAAUGGGGACUACGACAGGACCAUCAAGGUGGAGGUGUAUGACUGGGACCGAGAUGGCAGCCACGACUUCAUCGGGGAGUUUACCACCAGCUACCGCGAGCUGGCACGCGGGCAAAGCCAGUUCAACAUCUACGAGGGAGGGGUGUCCGUCCACCCAGCUGGGCAGGGCCAGGUGAUCAACCCAAAAAAGAAAAUGAAGAAAAAGAAAUACGUGAAUUCUGGCACGGUCACCCUGCUCUCCUUCGCUGUGGAGUCCGAGUGCACCUUCCUUGACUACAUCAAAGGAGGGACCCAGAUCAACUUCACAGUGGCCAUUGACUUCACCGCCUCCAACGGGAACCCCUCGCAGUCGACGUCCCUGCACUACAUGAGCCCUUACCAGCUGAACGCCUAUGCGCUGGCGCUGACUGCUGUCGGGGAGAUCAUCCAGCACUAUGACAGCGACAAGAUGUUCCCCGCCCUGGGCUUCGGGGCCAAGCUGCCCCCUGACGGCCGGGUGUCCCAUGAGUUCCCGCUGAACGGCAACCAGGAAAACCCCUCGUGCUGCGGCAUCGACGGCAUCCUGGACGCCUACCACCGCAGCCUGCGCACUGUGCAGCUCUACGGCCCCACCAACUUCGCGCCCGUGGUCACCCACGUGGCCAGGAGCGCGGCGGCCGUGCAGGACGGCUCCCAGUACUCAGUGCUGCUCAUCAUCACCGACGGCGUCAUCUCCGACAUGGCACAGACCAAGGAGGCCAUCGUCAACGCUGCCAAGCUCCCCAUGUCCAUCAUCAUCAUCGGCGUGGGCCAGGCGGAGUUUGACGCCAUGGUGGAGCUGGACGGCGAUGACGUGAGGAUCUCUUCCCGAGGGAAGCUGGCUGAGCGCGACAUUGUCCAGUUUGUGCCCUUCCGGGACUACGUGGACCGCACAGGCAACCACGUGCUGAGCAUGGCCCGCCUGGCCCGAGACGUGCUGGCCGAGAUCCCGGACCAGCUGGUGUCCUACAUGAAGGCGCAGGGCAUCCGCCCCCGGCCCCCACCCGCAGCGCCCACACACUCCCCUCCCAAGUCACCGGCCCGCACGCCCCCCGAGUCCCCCCUGCAUAUCUGAGCCGGUGGCCUUCUGGAAUCUGCCGGGGCAGAGCCUCCGGAGGACCUUCCCAGUUCCCCACCUCACUGGCUCCAAACCCAGGGCGUUGGGAUGCAGGGGUGACAGGGGUGCACGUACUCUGGGCCUGGGGUUUAGGGCUCCAGCCCAGCCAGGAAGGUGUUCGUGGGGAUCCCUGGGGUCCGUGUCUGCUCACCUGGCCCUGAAGCCUAGGCUGGGCCUCCUGCCCCCACCCCCUUAGCUGUCCUGUGCCCCGUUUCCCGUGAACUGAGACGUGGCCCUCCAGGGAUGCUGCAGCAGGGGACAGGCCACACGCUAGACCAGGCCUCUCCGGCCGCAUCUGCUGCUUCCGGACGCACAGACCCCAGGCCUCUUGGCAGUGGGUGCUCGGGCACCUCCAGGGGGUCCCCUCUCCUCUGGGGCUGCCGGCCCUUCUGCUCUCCUGGAGGCCUGGGCGCUCCUGCCCUUUGCCCUCCCAACGUGGGGACAGGGGACUGGAGACCGGGUUCCAGCCCUGCCCCUGGGGGAGCCAGCGAGGCCCCUGCCUUUGCUCCUGUUUCCACACCCUCCCAAGGAGCAGGUCAGCCAGGCCAGAGGCCUCUCCUGCUCACGCCCCAAGGCUCCAUCCAUUUGCGCCCCGCCCCGCUGCCUACCCUCCCCAGCCUGAGUCUCACCCAGUGCCAUGGCACGAGGGUCACCCCACCCCCCUGCCACCCGGCGCGCCCCAGUCCUCAGCCUGGGCCUCGUGUCUGAGCCGUGGGAGGUGGCGGAGCGGUGUCACCCUGGCCCACAGCCGCCAGCCUCGCCCUCCCUGGUCCUGCAUGCCAUCCCCUGCCACAGGGCACCCGCCUGCCACCUCCCUCCUGGCCCUGCAUGGCGGUGGUGGUGUUCCUGCUGUCUGUCCUGUGCCCCUCUGAGACAGUCUGUGGAAUUUGCCUUAGACUGAAGUAAAUCUGGUUCUUUU